CACAAAUUAUGAAGGAAAAAAAAUAACAGAAAUGCCCCAACACUGAGGCUAUGAGAUCAAUUUAAUUAUUGGAUGGUCUUGAGUUAGUGUAAGCUAAAAAUUUUCAUUUAAAAAGGUAUCACUCAAAAUGUUUCUGCCAAAAAGCUACGAGGUCUUUCCUCAUAUUCUCAUAUCCACUUUUUCACAUCACACAACACACCACGUUCCUGUAGCCCAGGCACAAGUGCGGUGUGCUCCUGCUCUGGGACUGACCCACACACCCAAAUCCUCUUCCAACAGAUGAAGAAAUGGAAGCAGGAUCUGUUUGCUUUGGGAAUUUUUAUUUGGUUCAGAGGGCUUGUUUGCUAUUUCAGAACACACCUGAUCGUUUUUAAGUCCAGUGCCAAACUCAGGAGGCUCGGGGAUGGCUCCUGCCUCCCUCAACACAUCUUCACACAGAUCCUCCAGCCCACUCUGCAGGGCACAGCUCACACAGUAUCAGUGACCCUCACACAUCUCAGCAGCCCAGCAGCGGCUUUCCCCACUCUCCAACACACUUUGAUGGCCAGUGACAUAAACACAGUUCCUAAACCAUUUUCCAUAACUCAGCUGUCAGUAGCAGCACAAACAGCAGCACCUGUAUUCUGACAGACCCAGGAACCAAGAGGCUUCUUGGCAAAGUGUUAGUAAAAAAAAAAAAAAAAGAAAUUAAACAAAAAACUUUACACAGAAAGAUAAUCAACAAGAAAGCCUGUGUGUGUUCAAAGUUCCAGGAAACAUCAGCCAUUCCCCCGUGCCAGGGUCACCCAGAGGCAGCAGCAAGGGCCCUCUCCACUGGAGCACACCACAGGGCAGGACGGAAGGAACCCAUGGUGAGGCAAAAGAACCACAAGUAGAUAAAACAAAGAAGCAAAUCACAAAUUCUGGACUGGAAACUCAUUUAUUCAGAAAUUCUUUUUUUCCUCGAUGUUUUGCCGCAGAUGCCAAGAAUUGUCAUUUUACCCAAGAGGGUCCUGAUGACAUCACAUCCCCCCAAAGAGAGACACAGCCUCCCAAGCCAAGGUAAAAAAAAGAUAAUCUCAAUGUGCUUCACUGUCCCCGAGGACAGGAUGAAGAUGGCUGGGUCAUCUCAUGCUCUGAGUAGCAGCCCCAAUAGCAACGGCAUCAAACUCAGCAGUGCCUGGCUUCUGACAAACCAAGGAAGAAAAGGAGAUUUUUUGCAAAGCUGUAAUAAAAAAAAACCCUCACACAGAAAUGAAAUCAACAGGAAAGUCAAGAAGAAAGAAAGAAAUCAAACACCAGCCCAGCCCCUGGCACUCUAGUGAAAUGCUUCUUUCCAUGCAUGCAAAGGUCCAGGAAGCAUCACCCAUUCCCAUGUGCAAGUGGUCACCUGGAGGCAGCAGCAAGGGCCCUCUCUGGUGAAGUAUAAAAGGGUUUUUUUAAAGAGCAGAAUACCCUGUGGUUAAAGAAGAGAACCACAAGUUUUAAAGACAAAGAAAAGGCAAAACACUCACUUGUGCAAGGGGCAGUCUCAACAGGUUCCAGUUCCUAGACCAGCAACCUUGCAUGAAAAGGCUUUUGCUGAGCAAUAGCCAUGAAGAACAGAACAAAGUGCAAUGAGAACAAUAAAGACUCAUCUGUGUGCCAGAAACCUGUGCUUGGAGACAGACAAUACAUGUAGAUCUACACCGUGAACACCUGUAUCACUGUGGCUCUGCCAUGCACACGACACUCCAUGAAUGUGCUCAAGAGAAAGAGGCAGAAUCCCUGCCAAGAAAAAGUGUUCUAGACCCUGCACCAAAGGAUGGGGCUGGUCUAUAUCUUCUGCACAGAAGCUGUGGGGAGGGAGCAGCAGGCUGUGGUGGCUGAUCCUACCUCAACCAUGAGCAGCACCUUUCUGGAUCUCUUGUUAAGUCACCCAGAAAAAAAAUCCUUGAGGCAUUCUAAGAAAUGAUGAGGUUAAAGGGACCCAGAUUCUGGACUUGAACUGAAUGCAUCCUGAUGUAGGGGUCCUGAUGACAUCACAUCCUCCCCAAAGAGCGACACAGCCUCCCAAGCCAAGUGACAAAGAUCAUCUCAGCUCUGCUGCACCAGCCCCAAGCACAGACACCCCAGGAGAAGAUGGACACGUCUCCUGCCCUGCUCCUGCUGCUGGCUCUGGGAUUCUGUGAGUACGGACACGGGGCUGUGCAGCCCCUUCACCGGCAGGGAAAAGCAAAACCCUCCCAUUGAAUCCAAUGCAUUGGGUGAAAUAAUUAAGGGGGUAAAAAACAAACCAAAAAGGCUGACUUGGAGCUGUGCUCAGUGAGUUUGGAAGGAAAGGCGGCAGCAGCUCAGCCAGCAAAGGGCAGCCAGAGGGGUGGCUGCAGCACCACCUGCACUGGGAAGGGAGAUUGAGCCGAUGAGCGCUUCUGGGAGGAGGGAGAAGGGUGGGAGUAAAGGGCCUCUGCAAGAAGUGCAAAGGGAGUCACUUGAGAGAAGCUGGGAAGGUGUAAUGUCCCUGAGAAGGCGCUGGAAGUGCUGCACCCAUCUUUAAAGCCUGUGUGGCUGAUUGCUGAGCACCCUCCAUGCACCAUCCCAGCAAGGAGUCCAAGAAAACCUUCACAUCAUCCACACAGUGUGGCCCUCCCUUGCCAUUUCUCCUUCCAGCCCAUGGACAGGGAGGGAGCUUUCCUCAGAGAACCCUUUGGCUCUUCCCAAGUGGUUGCAGCAAGGAUUUCUCUCCUGCAGGCUGCCCUGGGAUUUUUGGCCAGUCACUUCAGAUAAAGGUCAGAUCUCCCAAGGACAUCAACCAGCUCCGGGUGGGACAGAAGCUGGAGCUGGAGUGUCGGGCUGACAAGGACAGUGGUGCAUUCUGGAUCCACCAGGACAAGAGUGGGAACCUUCACACCAUCGUCUUCAUCAAUUCCAUGGCCCGAGUCACAUUUCAGGGGAAUCAGAAAUGGUCAUCUCGAUUUGAGGCGAGCAAACACAACACAAUCUAUCAUUUGGCAGUGAAAUCUUUCAUACCGCAGGACCAGGGGAAUUAUUUCUGUAUGAUGAAUUUUUACCACAUGCUGUACUUCAGCCCUGGCCAGCCUGUCUUCCUUCCAGGUCAGCAACACCUUCACCCAGCCUCACUCAGUCCUGCCAAAAUGCCCAGCACCUCCUGCCCGUGCCCUUUCCAACCAGCCAUCCCUUCCACAAACCCCAUUUCCCUGCUUGCUUGCCCAAGGCAUCCUGUACCCAACCCACUGCUCCUCCUGCCAGAGGCUCCCUGCUUCCCACCUCUCCUCCUGGGACUGCCCCUGCCCAAAGCCACCGCUGCAGGAGAACCCACCACCCAGUGGGGCAUCACCGAAAAGGACUUGUUCCUGAAGACACCAGAUCCAGCACCUGCUGGACCUUUCCUCUUCUCCAUUCCUGCAGGCAGCAGAAUGCAGGAAGACCUGAAUUACUUCUGUCUUGUCUUCAUCUGGGUCCCCUUGGCAGGCCUCUGUCUCCUGCUCCUCCAGCUCGUGGCUAUCACCAGGAUGGUGAUGUGUCGACGUAAGGUUCACCAUGACCCCCUCUAGAUGCACCUCCAGCCUGAAACCACAGCCCUGUUCCUCAGGGAGAUUGAUGUUCCAGCUACUUUGGGAGGUGUGAGAUAACCAGGACACAGUGCAAGAGAAGGAUCCCUGUUACAGUCACUGUCUGGGUAUCUUCUAAUAAAUCAUCUUCACAAUUUCAGAGCAACCUUUCCCUCCCACUCCAGCUCUUUCCAAUGAUUUUGUACAAAGGAGUUUCAAUGAUCUGACUGCAGCAUCAGGGGCUCUUUCCCAACAAAAGGUCAUGUGUUAUGCAUAGGAAGCAUUGCCUUGAAAAUGUAUUUUCUCUAGUCAAUGUCAUUGAAUGUGACAAAAUUCAAAAUUCAUGUGACAAAAACCAAAAUUUAAUGUAUGAACAUUGAACAGAAAGCUGUUCAGAAAACUGAGCAAAAGCAUUCUUCUGUAUUGCAAUCCCUGUAAGCUUUGUUUUUCUUCCAAAUUAAAUUACUAUAUCCUGACCCAGAGAUUAAUUAUUUAUUGCCCGUUCUACUGCUUGGGACAAUCCUGUGGGGAGAAACAGGACAUGGGCAUUUAAAUUCAAAAAAGCAUUUCAAUAAUAUGAACACAUGUACAACAACUGCAUGGAAUCCUAAUGAAAGAUAAUGAGAGGAAGAAAAAAAAAAAAACCCAAGCAAUAAAAAAGACAUAUAUUUGGGCAUUAUUACCUGACAUUACUAAUAGUGAUGCUCCACUGUGCAGUGCUGCACUAAUACCCCAGUCCUGAAACAAUAUUGAUCCAGGCAAGAUUGAAGCAGUGAAGAACUGGGAGUAGGAAAUCUUUUGUUUGUAGUUUUUUUACCAUUUUGUUGGGUUUGCUUGUUGGUGCUUUAUCUGCAGUCUUUCAUUUGCACGUUUU